AUGGAGCUCAUCAUUGGAUGCGUGGGCAAACCGAGUGCCGGCAAGUCGACGUUCUUCAACGCUGUGACGGACGGCCGAGCCAAAGUGGGCAACUUUCCAUUCACAACGAUCGAGCCCAAUGAGGGCGUCACGCACUACAUGACGCCGUGUCCGUGUGCAGCAAAGGACAAGACCGCAGUCUGUGCCCCACGCUAUGGAGCCUGCAAACAGGGCACGCGGUACGUUCCCGUGAAGCUGCUGGACGUCGCGGGGCUCAUACCAGGAGCUUCGGAAGGGGCAGGACUGGGGAAUAAGUUUCUGGACGAUCUGCGUCACGCCCAUGUGCUGAUGCACAUUAUUGACGUCUCUGGACACACGAACGAAAAGGGCGAAGAGACAGUGGGGUAUGACCCCAUCCACGACGCCGAGUGGCUCGAUACUGAGAUCCACAUGUGGGUGUUUACGAACCUCUGGAAACGCUGGACGUCGAUUGCUCGACGACAUCAAUCGACGCGAAGCAGUUUGCACAGUACGUUCGUGGGACAGCUGUCGGGCUACGGAGCGACGCCGUCACUCGUGAGCAAAGUGCUCGACCGGGUUGGGGCGAAAGAACCUGUGGACCUCCUAUCGUGGACAGAAGACGAUGUGCACGCGUUUGUCAAGACGUUUCUCGACAUUCGUUUUCCUACGGUGUUGGUGCUCAAUAAGGCGGAUCAGGGGGACGACACCGACCGCAAUAUUGAAAAGAUUGUGGAGAAAUACGGUAGUGACCGCUGCAUCGUAGCAAGCGCAGCAGCCGAGUGUUUCUUGCGAGCAGCCUGCAAGCAACGGUAUAUUCGCUAUGAACCAGGAUCGAUGUUCUACUCGACGCUGGAAGAGGAGGAAGAGAAAGAGGAUAUCGAUCAGCUCACCAGCGCUGGUCCUCUGAAACCGAUGGAGCGGAAAAUCCACAAGCGUCUAGAGCGCAUUUCUGAUAUGGUGCUGUUCCGCUAUGGCAGCACUGGGGUCCGAUCUGCUAUCAAUGCCGCCGUCGAGCUCGCGGACGUGGUUGUGGUCUACCCGGUGAAAUCAUUGAAAAGCUUUGCUACCAACACGACACCGGGAGUUAAUAACAAGGCCGUCUUUGCCGAUGCAGUGAUUGUCAAGCGUGGCACGACCAUCAAGGAAUUGGCUUGUCGUAUCUCGCAGUUCCUAGGAGCGAACCUUGCUUAUGCAGAGGGCGACGAUGGCCGAAGGCGUGGCGAAGACGAGCCCAUCACGAGUAACAGUCUCAUCGUCAAGUUCACAACGACUGUCGCGUCAUCCGCUUCGGCAAUACAGGGAGCUUCUGCUGCUGAUAAGGAUAGCAAGAAGGGGGCCAACGUAAUAGGCAGAGCGAAGGUGCGAGCCGCUGUAGGCGACAGCAUCGAGUAG